AUCAGAUCAGCUCAGUGUCGCCGCGUAUCCUCUACUGCGCUGGUGAAGGGUCAUAGAGGCUCUCGUGAAGGCAAAAACACAGCAGUUCUGCAUCAUCUCUCUCUCUGUGUGUGUGUGUGUGCGUGCGCAGGUGUGGUCGAAGGCGAUCUGCCGGCGGUCGAGGCCUAUAAGUCGUCAGGCGGUGACAUCGCGCGUCAGCUGACGGGUGACGAGGUGCGUCUGCUGAACCGGCCCUCCGCCUUCGACAGCGGAUUCACACUCGUACACCUCGCCAUACGCUUCCAGAGGCAGGACAUGCUGGCCGUGCUGCUGACAGAGGUGUCCCAGCGCGCAGUGAAAUGCAUCCCAGCGAUGGUCUGCCCUGAACUGACGGAGCAGAUCCGCAGAGAGAUCAGCGCAUCACUGCACCAGCGCAAGGGAGACUUCAACUGCUACUUCCUGACUGACCUCGUCACGUUCACACUGCCGGCAGAUAUUGAGGAUCUUCCUCCUGCCGUUCAGCAGAAGCUGUUUGAUGAAGUUCUGGACCGAGACGUGCAGAAGGAGCUGGAGGAGGAGUCUGCGGUCAUCAACUGGUCUCUGGAGUCGGGCUCGCGUCUGGACUCGCGUCUCUACGCCCUGUGGAACCGCACCGCCGGAGACUGCCUGCUGGACUCGGUCCUCCAGGCCACAUGGGGCAUCUGUGACAAAGACUCCGUGCUGAGGAAGACCCUACACGACAGCUUACACGACUGCUCGCACUGGUUCUACACUCGCUGGAAGGAAUGGGAGUCGUGGUAUUCACAGAGUUUUGGGCUUCAUUUCUCUCUGAGAGAGGAACAGUGGCAGGAGGACUGGACCUUCAUCAUCAACCUCGCCAGUCAGCCCGGGGCGAGUCUAGAGCAAACACACAUCUUCGUUCUGGCUCAUAUCCUGCGGCGGCCCAUCAUCGUCUACGGGGUGAAGUACUACAAGAGCUUCCGGGGAGAAACUUUAGGGUUCACUCGAUUUCAAGGUGUUUACCUGCCGUUGCUAUGGGAACAGAGCUUCUGCUGGAAGAGUCCGAUUGCUCUCGGUUACACGAGAGGUCACUUUUCUGCUCUGGUCGGCAUGGAAACGGACGGUUGUGAUAAUCGUGGUGCAGGCGCCAAUCUGAACACCGAUGAGGACGUGAGCGUGACCUUCCUGCCGCUGGUGGACAGCGAGAGGAAACUACUACAGAUACACUUCCUGUCAGCACAAGAGAUGGGCAGUGAGGAGCAGCAGGAGCGUCUGCUCAGGGAUUGGCUGGACUGCUGUGUGACGGAGGGCGGGACGCUAGCGGCGCUGCAGAAGAGCAUCAGGCGCAGACGUCACCCGCUCGUCACACACAUGCUGGAGAAGUGGCUCGACGGGUACCGGCAGACGCUCGCGUGCCCCUCCGACGGCGAGGACGACGACGACGACGACUGACGCACAUCUCAGCACACUAGCGCUGUCACACGUACCGACUCCGGUACCUAGUUGAAGAUGUGACGCUUUGAGCGCUGUUGCGGAAUCGUGAACGCCUCUGAUUGGCUGUUGUGUUCAUGAGCUCAUCGGAUGCGUCUGAUUGGCUGCAAUGAUACAUGAUACAUCAAUGACCCGAGCAGAACAGCCAAUCAGAGGCGUUUACGAUGACACUCAACAGCGCUCAAAGUGGCACGUUUUUGCAACUUCAGCAGCGACUUGGUACCCGAACUCAGUGCUUUUGACAAGACAACAACACACGCCACUCUUUCCCAGAAUGCAAUGCAACCCCCUCCCCAAACAUUGAGGGCUAUCUUUGUGUUUAGUCACAUGAAUUUGUUUUUUUCUGUACGUUUGUGUCCGUCGUGCUGCAUGUGGCUCUUUAAACACGGAAUGAUGAAAUAUAAAGAGCUUAUUAAACGAGCGCUCACACAAAGCACAUACGCAGAUGUUUAUUGUUUAGAGGUUUCCGUAGAAACGCUAAAACUGACAGGAAGCAGCGUCACACUAACGACACGCACACCUCUCUCUCACCAGUGUUCCUGUUUCUGACACGUGUGCGUUUCUUUCUUCUUUUGAUUGUAUUUAUUUUUGUCUGGAUGCUGACCCCUGUGUUGACCUUUGACCUGUACUGAUGUCAGGUGAUCCAGAACAGCUUUAACAUUAAAGUAGAAACACGUCUGCUG